AUGGCGGGCCCGAGCGGCGGGGCCCGGUGGCCGCUGCUGCCGCUGCUCCUGCGCCCCCGACCGCCGCCGCCGCGCAGCAGCCCGGGACCGCCGCGCAGGACCGGGGGCUCGGCGGCAGCGGCGGCGGGGCCGGCGCGGCUGAAGGGACCGGAGGAGCUGCCGGGGCCGGGGCUGCUCCGUACUUUCGUCUGGCUCUUCCUGCGGGGCUACCUGCUGCACACGCACCGGCUGCAGGUGAUAUCCCGACGCCUCUAUGGACCUAUCUGGAAGUCAACCUUCGGACAUUAUAGGAACAUCAACAUUGGGAGCCCAGUGGUGCUGGAGCAGCUGCUGCGGCAGGAGGGCAAGUACCCGAUGCGGAGCGACAUGGCGCUGUGGAAGGAGCACCGGGACACCCGGCGCCUGCCCUACGGACCCUUCACCGAGGAAGGGGAGCGCUGGUACCGCCUGCGCCAGGUGCUCAACAAGCGGCUGCUGAAGCCCUCGGAGGCGCUGCUGUACGCGGACGCCAUCGGGGAGGUGGUGUCAGACCUGAUGGUGCGCCUGCGGGAGGAGCGGAGCCGCAGCCCCUCGGGGGUGCUGGUGGGGGACGUGGCCAACCUGCUCUACCGCUUUGCCCUGGAAGGCAUCUCUUACAUCCUCUUUGAGACCCGCAUCGGGUGCCUCAAGCAGCAGGUCCCUCCUGAGACCCAGCACUUCAUUGACUCCAUCAACCUCAUGUUCAAGAACUCCAUCUUUGCCACCGUCCUGCCCCGAUGGAGCCGCAAGGUGCUGCCCUUCUGGGACCGUUACCUGGACAGCUGGGACACCAUUUUCGCCUUUGGCAAGAAACUGAUUGACCGAAAGAUGGAGGAGCUGGAGGGGCAGGUGGAGCGUGGCACGGAGGUGUCUGGCUACCUGAGCUACCUGCUGGCCAGUGGCAGACUCAGCCUGGAUGAGGUCUAUGGCAGCGUGGCGGAGUUGCUGCUGGCUGGUGUGGACACGACCUCCAACACGCUGUCCUGGGCUUUGUACCACCUCUCCCGGGACCCAGACAUCCAGGAGACCCUGUACCAGGAGCUGAAAGCUGUUGUGCCUCCCGACCGGUUUCCUGCUGCUGAGGAUAUCCCCAAGCUGCCGAUGCUUCGGGCCAUCAUCAAGGAGACUCUGAGAGUCUACCCUGUGGUGCCCACCAACGCCAGGGUCUUCUAUGAGAAGGACAUUGUCAUCGGAGACUACCUCUUCCCCAAGAAUACCCUCUUUGUCCUGGCGCACUACGCGAUGUCCCAUGAUGAGACCUACUUCCCCGAGCCCGAGCGGUUCCUGCCCCAGCGCUGGCUCCGGGGGCACGGCUCCCCUCACCACCCCUUCAGCUCCAUCCCCUUUGGCUACGGGGUCCGUGCCUGUGUCGGGCGCCGCAUCGCUGAGCUGGAGAUGCACCUGGCCCUUGCCAGGAUGAUCCAGGCAUUUGAGGUGCGGCCGGACCCCCGUGGCGUAGAAGUGACAUCUGUGUCCCGCAUUGUCCUGGUGGCUGACAAGCCCAUCAACCUGGAAUUCAUCGCUCGCCCGGGAGCCCCCUGACUGCACGUCCACCCCCACCCUGGGUGCCAGAUGGAGAUCCCCCUUACUGCCCCACAAGGAGGACAGGAACGCAUACGCCUUCCCUGGCCAGCUUGGGCCAGGGGGCUCACAGCCCCACAGUGGGAAAGGUGGGGGGGAUGAGAGAUUGACCCAAAUCACCCCUGGGCCACUAGUAGCCCCUUGCCCAAAAUCAGCAGGAGGCUGGGGGAACUGCUGUGCCUUUGACACACUGCAGGGGGGUUGUGUCCCACCCAUCCCGUGCCCAGCUGGGCUGUGUGAGGAACCCGGGAGCUCUUUUGGGGCUGGGGGAAAGCAGGGAGGGGGCUUGCAGCCAUUCGGUGUCUCCUUCGUCCUGUCCUUGUGUAGCUGCGCGUGGAUCUGUGCCUGGAGCCAGGACAUCUGGGUCCUCUCUGAACAGCUGACCUUGGCCUCAGAAA